AUGUCUGCUGCCUUCGCCAUGGCUCCCCAGCUCCAUCGUCAGGCCCUGGCUCCCGUUUCUGUACGCAGAAUUCGUGUUCGUGCUCUGCAGCAGACCAAGCUGGGUGUUCUGAACAAGUUGAAUGCAACCGUGCCUUCUACCCCGCUGAAGCGCUCCGUAUCUUAUGACUCUGAUGGCGAAAACGUUGCCCCCAUCAAACUCGAUGCCUCCAAGCGCAAGCGUGAUAUAGAAGACGAUGGGCAGGUCUCCGAGUCCCCCAAGGCUCUGAAGACCAGUCGUAUCUCGCUGGUUACUGUCGAAAAGACAACUCCCUUGACCCCUCGCAAAGUCAAUGCCGUCAUGGCCAAGCCAGCCGGUCGUUCACCCCCGGCCAAAACAAAACUAACCAAGGCCUUUGGUCGUCGCUCUCAGCGUGAUUCUCUCGCAAGCAACACCAAUGUUGCCUGCGUGAAGAGCAAGCCGGCAACGCUCUCUUCGCGUAAAGUGGCUCAGCCUGCGAGCUGGUUUUUCAACAUCCAUGCCGACACUCCAGACGAGGAGGCUACCAACACCAUGCAGCACUUUGCCGGCAGACUAGACAUCAGCGAUGACGAAUGCAAGGCAAAGUACGACGAUCGUGGAAAGGAGAAUAUCCCUCCACAUGAGCUUGGCAUAACCAUGCCAACAGCCGCUCAGCCAACGCCUGUCCAUUCUCGGAGGAACAUGAUGGCCCAGCUUCGGUCUCCCCUUGGCGAGCUCAGGGCUUCCGAUUACUAUGACGCUGGUCUGAAUGCUCUUUCCUAUGCUGUCAUUCACGACAAUGAGAACCUGAAGACGUCGACUGAAAUGAUGAACGCUUCUGUCGUGCCCGAAUCUACUGCUCUUCCCAAAACUAUCUCAUUGACUACAUGCGUCUCGGAAGAAAGUACCAAGACAGUCGACGGAACGACCGCCGCCUAG